AGUGAUGAGUGACGGUGACAGAAUAAUGGAACAGACAAGCCAUGUACUGCAACGUCAACAAUAUUCAUGAUAACAUUUUAUACUGAUAAAUUAAACUUUAACUGUUUAUUAAAUUUAUAAUAUAGUGAAGACGCUAUAAGUUAGGACAAGUGUGUUGUUAAUAUGAAGUCAUCAGACGACAUCAAUGUACAGGAAACACAAAGUAUAGGAAACAAAAGCGACGAAGAGGAGACCUUCACUACUGAGGAGAAACUGAACCCUGAAGAAAUGAACGGGGACAUGAAGAAAUCACAAACGUUCUCUCCUAAUAGAAAUGUUAAUUAUGGUUUCAUUAAAUAUGUGAGUCUAGCAAUAUUGACAAUACAAAAUGCAGCUUUGGGUUUAAGUAUGAGAUAUGCAAGAACUAGGGAUGUUGAGAUGUUUUCGUCGACAGCAGCCGUUCUGAUGGCAGAGGUUCUCAAAUUAGCUAUAUGUGUAGUUCUAGUCAUGAAUGAAUCUGGAAAUAUUAAAAAAGGUGCUCGAACCAUGUACAACACGGUUGUACUGAAUAUAAAGGACACCCUGCGUGUCUGCGUCCCCUCGUUUCUGUACGUCAUACAGAAUAAUUUACUUUAUGUGUCCGCAUCUAACUUGGAUGCUGCAACAUAUCAGGUCACAUAUCAACUUAAAUUGUUAACCACAGCAUUCUUUGCUGUUAUUGUCUUGAAAAGAAAAUUAAAAAGAUGGCAAUGGGGAGCUUUAGGGCUGCUAGUGAUAGGUGUAGCUCUGGUACAGUUGUCUUCCACGGAGAAAGCCAAGGCCACUACUUCCUCUAACUUACCGAAGCAAUCAAAGAUACUUGGUUUUGGUGCAGCCCUAGCAGCUUGCUUUAUUUCCGGUUUUGCUGGAAUUUACUUUGAAAAGGUUCUGAAAGAGUCUGAUAUUUCUGUUUGGAUGAGAAAUGUGCAGCUCAGCUUGGCUUCUAUACCAUUUGGAAUCAUAACACAUGCCAUUAAAGAGGGAACAAUGACGAACCUCCUCAAGGGCUUUGAUGGUUUCGUUUGGUACUUGGUGGUGCUGCAGGCUGGUGGAGGUCUCAUCGUGGCGGUGGUGGUCAAAUAUGCUGAUAACAUUCUUAAAGGGUUUGCGACCUCCGUGGCCAUCAUAAUAUCCUGUGUAGUUUCCAUGUAUAUCUUUGACUUUCACUUGACCAUUCAGUUUGCUUCGGGAACAUUGUUUGUCAUAGGGUCUAUCUUCCUGUACGGGUACGUCCCCAAGAAGCCCGACGCGAGGACUUCUCUUAGUGUAUGAUUUUGGAUGAUAUUUAUGUUAUACAUGUACCAUUGCCAGUAUGUACUUACUUUAGUUAUAAGUAUUAACGAUACUCCUAUGUAUUCAUUUUAUGAUCUUGAAUUUAUAUUUUAUUAUGCAAACAUUAGCUUUUUACAAUAUUUUUACUAUGUGAAUGUGAGAAAUAUAUUACAUUAUAUUGUAUGGUAUUAUUUUUAGUUUCCCCGUUCAUUCAGACCACAGAAAGGGGUAGAGGAAGCCAUAGUCCUUUCAAAAGUAAAAUGAUAGUAAAUGUGCAUGACCUGAAGAUGAGCUCAUGAAAGAAUGAAGCUUUUGGAUAGGAUCCCUUCAGUAAAUGUUUAUGAUUAAAUGAUUGAAACACUGUGUUCAAUACAUUUAUUUACACUACAGAUUACACUUUUACCGAUAACUAACUUAAUAUGAAUUUAUAAUUUUCCGUUCCCUCAUAUUCUCUAACCACUUGUCCAGUUGCUGCUGCGGUGUGAGCGGGUUCAGGUUAUAAUAAUCUUUGGGAGGCUUCCCUUCUUCUAAUCUAACAAAAUAAUGACUGUACUGGUAUCUCACUUCUCCCAUUCUACCUCUUGCAUGUCUUCGGACUCCUUUGAUCACUGUCCCCUUGCCAGAGAAAGAUUCAGCUGAAAUCAAGUUAUGAUGAUUAGGAGUACUUUGCCAGUGCAUUUGGUGAUUGCCAGUAGACGAGUGGUGGAUCACCGAGAUAUUAUAAGGAAUAUAAAUAAAGAUAUCCUCACCAAUCCAGAGAUUACUUUUAAAUUCAACAUUGUGUUCAGUAAUGGCCAGGUUUUGUGCUUCCAGUAUGGUAUCUCUAACAAAUCCAGCACCUUUCUUGUUAACAAAACUCAACUGUUUGAGAGCUUCAUCAAUGGUCAUUCCCCUGAUAAACACUGCUAUGUACCACAGUUUCUCAGGGCUAUACUUUAUAUUAGUCUUCUGAUGACAUACAAACUGUAAUAAAUGUGUACAUAUAUUUAUUUAUAACACAUGACACUAUUUCACAAAAGCAUUAUAUAAAUAUUUAAAUGUAUAUAAUACUUAUUAUAUGAAAAAAAAGUUUGAUUCUGUUUUCGAAAGGGCAACUUUUAAAAUAAACUUACAGCAGGUCUUGGCUCUUCGCCGAUUUCUUGUGGAGGGUAAAUCUUUUUAUUGUAUUCUAAAAAUCUUUUCGGUAAAUUAUCUCUGCUCCAAGCAAAACGUAAUUGAGAAGUGUGUAGGUUACUUUUAAGGUUACAAGAAUAGCCAAUGCUCAACAA